CAUGGGGACAGUGUCGGGGAUCAAGAGCUGCCUGGCCGCGGGGUUGUUGCGGAAUCAAGUGGCUAUCGUCACCGGCGGCGGCCCUGGCAUUGGCAAGGCUAUAGCCCGCGAGCUGCUGCACCUAGAAUGUAAUGUAGUUAUCGCCUCCCGUAAUUUUGAUAGAUUAAAAUCUACAGCAGAAGAGAUGAAUGCUAAGCGCCUGCCCUCCGAUACAGCCAUUGUUACUCCUAUCCAGUGCAAUAUUCGAAAAGAAGAAGAGGUCAAUAAUUUGGUUAAAUUGACAUUAUAUGAGCAUGGUAAGAUCAAUUUCCUGGUGAAUAAUGGAGGAGGCCAAUUCUUGUCUCCUACUGAAUUCAUAACUUCAAAGGGAUGGAAUGCUGUGGUGGAAACCAACCUAACUGGUACCUUCUACCUUUGCAAAGCAGUUUUUAAGUCCUGGAUGAAGGAUAAUGGAGGGUCUAUUGUGAACAUCAUUGCCAUGUUAAAUAAUGGAUUUCCUCAUGCUGCGCACAGUGGAGCAGCAAGAGCUGGUGUUGAAAAUAUAAGCAAAACUUUAGCAAUGGAAUGGGCCUGCCAUGGAAUAAGAAUCAAUUGCAUUAGUCCUGGAAUAAUUUAUUCUGACACAGCCUUCAGCAACUAUGAAGAUUUUGAAAAUGGCUUAAUUAAAGGAUUCUUUAAUCAUUGUGCUGCUAAGAGAUUUGGUGUUCCUGAGGAGAUCUCUUCCAUAACGUGUUUCCUGUUAUCUCCUGCUGCCACAUAUAUUACAGGACAAACAGUGAAUGUAGAUGGUGGUAAUACUUUGUAUUCCCAAAGUUGGGAUAUACCAGACCAUGACAACUGGCCUGAUGGACUAUGGGACCUUUCCGCGGUCAAAAGAAUGAAAGCUGCCUUUAAGGAGAAAUUUAAAACUUUAAAAUGA